AUGGAGGUCCUCAAUAGACCUGCCGUUCAGGCGUCUGGUGUACCAAUUUCCUGGACGCUUUAUUUCCCUAGCGAGGAGUUCUCUCCCGAGGACAGACGAGCCGAGCUCAUCAAAUCGCUCAUUGACGGAUUCCUCACGGAGAAAGGCCAGCAGCUGCUGCAGCAGGCCGAUCCUAAGGAGCUGUCUCUGUUUUCAAGAUGGACGGUCAGCAUGGAGUCGUUGAAGCAGCAUCUGCAGCCUGCGUGCAGCACUGGCCAGAGUGAUCUGGGCGCAGCUGCGGAGUUGCUUCUUCAAGCGCUUGAAGCAGCGCCUGAGGAAGCACUGGCCUGCCUCGGUGCUGCUGCCACUGAGCUAUACGAUCAGCAUCGCAUGCUUCUCUUCCUCCACUGCCUCCCUCACACUGUCUCCCUCACACAGUCUCCACCACUUGUUUCUCCCUCUGUGCUAGAUAUGUUUCUGGAGAGAGGCCUGAUCGAGGCCCCAGCUCUCCCCUCUGCGUCAGCAUGUGCCUCACAGCAUGCCUCGUCUCGCCUGGCUGUGAGGCUGGUGGAUCACACUGAUUCGAUUAUUGAAUUCAAGAAGCUCAAAGCCAGCAGCCUCGAUCGGCUGGUGACAGUGUGUGGGACAGUGGUGCGAGUAGGUCCACUGCGGCCUCUAGUGGUUGCUAUGGAUUUCACCUGCACGCGCUGUGGCGCCAUCACCUCCCUCUCCUUCCCGGAUGGGCGCUUCUCCCAGCCUACAGCCUGCGGUCAUGACAACUGCCGCAACCGCACCUUCCUGCAAAACCGGGCAGGUGCCCGGAAAAUAAACUUCCAAACCAUACGUCUCCAGGAGCUGACAGGCGGCACGGGAGGGGGCGAGGACAUGGGGAGGAUGCCGCGGGUGGUGGACUGCGAGCUCAGGGAGGACCUGGCGGAUGCAUGCCUGCCGGGGGACGUGGUGGCAGUGUGUGGGAUUGUCAAGAUCAUCAACAACGAGACGGACGUGGGAGGAGGUGAGCUCUACAUUGAUGCCAUCUCUGUCGUCAACGCCAACUCCCAGUCCACUACCCCAAGCCCCACCGCCACCACUGCUGCAACUGCCACCCCUGCUCUCCGCUCUCCUCCCUCUGCGGGUGGUGCGAGUGGAGGGGCGGUGGAGCUGGGGGAGGAGGACCUGAGGGGCAUAUUGGAUUAUGUGGUGGAGCAUGAGGGCGAGGGCGACCUGUUUCAGCACCUCGUGCACUCCUUCUGCCCCUCCAUCUACGGCCAUGUGCUCGUUAAAGCGGGCAUUAUACUGUCACUCUUUGGAGGUGUGCGCAAACAUGAAGGGGAUGCCAACCGCGUGCCAGUCAGGGGAGAUGUGCACGCGCUGCUAGUGGGCGAUCCAGGCAUGGGAAAGAGCCAGCUGCUCAAGGCAGCAGCAGCGGUGGCACCUCGUGGGGUGUAUGUGUGUGGCUCUGGGGCCUCUUCUGUGGGGCUCACAGUGGCCGUGGUCAAGGACGGGCCUGGCGGGGAGUACGCCUUCGAAGCAGGAGCCAUGGUGAUGGCAGAUCAGGGCACGUGCUGCAUUGACGAGUUUGAUAAGAUGGGCAACGAGCAACAGGCGCUAUUGGAGGCCAUGGAGCAGCAGAGCGUGAGUGUGGCCAAGGCAGGUCUGCUGGCAAACUUUAGUGCGCGCACUGCUGUGCUGGCUGCUGCUAACCCCGUUGGCGGGCAUUACAAUCGAGCGCGCACACUAAACGAGAAUCUGAAGCUGUCUGCCGCGCUCCUGUCAAGAUUCGAUUUGAUCUUCAUUCUCCUGGACCGGCCAGACCACCACACGGACCAGCGUCUAUCAGAGCACGUGCUGCAGAUGCAUGCAGGCAUGCCGUCUCGCUCCAAGGCAUCCAAGCGCAGCUCCCAUCUCUUCCUGACAGCCCCAUCAGCAACGGAUGGCCAUGCAUCGCACCUUGACCUGCCUCUCUCUCACCGCCUGCGCCUGCGCUCAUCUGCUGCCCGCAACUUCUCCCCCCUCUCCCCUGCUCGCCUGCGCCAGUACAUUGCAUACGCUCGCACGCAUGUGCACCCCAGGCUCUCAGAGGAGGCGCGGGCAGUGAUCAAGGCGUUCUACCUGCGGCUAAGGGAGCACAGACGAGCUAUGGACGGCCCUGCAGUCCCACAAUGCAUCAUUAUUUCCCUCGCCAAACCCACUGCCAUCCCUUGUGUUUCUGCCGCUCGUUUUGACUACAGGCUGUCAGAGGAGGCGCGGGCAGUGAUCAAGGCGUUCUACCUGCGGCUAAGGGAGCACAGACGAGCUAUGGACGGCCCUGCAGUCCCACAAUGCAUCAUUAUUUCCCUCGCCAAACCCACUGCCAUGCCUUGUGUUUCUGCCGCUCGUUUUGACUACAGGCUGUCAGAGGAGGCACGUGCAGUGAUCAAGGCGUUCUAUUUGCGGCUGAGGGAGCACAGCCGCGCCAUGGAUGGCCCUCCAGUCCCACAAUGUAUCAUUAUCUACCUCGCCAAACCCACUGCCAUCCCUUGUGUUUCUGCCGCUCGCUUUCACUACAGGCUCUCAGAGGAGGCACGUGCAGUAAUCAAGGCGUUCUACCUGCGACUGAGGGAGCACAGCAGAGCCAUGGACGGCCCUCCAAUCACAGCGCGCCAGCUGGAGAGCCUCGUCCGGCUCGCCGAGGCUCGGGCCCGCGUGGAGCUGCGGGAGGAGGUUACCGAGGCUGAUGCGCAAGAGGCGGUGGAGCUGAUGGGGGAGUGUCUGCUGGAUAAGCUGACAGACGAGGCGGGCAACAUAGACGCGGGUCGGGGCGGCAGCUCGAGCAAGUCAAAGGAGUCAAAGCGGUUCCUUGCCGCGCUGCAGCGCACUGCUAAGCAGGCCAUCAAGACAUGCUUCUCAAGGAAGGAGCUGGCCCAAUUAGCGGACGACAUGUGUCUGAGAGUGCCGGAUCUUCAUGCGCUGAUUGACAGCCUGAAUGAAGCCGGCUUUCUGCUCAAGAAGGGUGGAGGGCUCUUUCAGGUACAGACAUGA